GAGUGGCGGCGGGGGGGGCCAUGCCGUGAGGCCGCCGGACCCGCGGCGUUACCGGGCAGCGCCUCCCUGACGCCGCCGCCGCCGCCGCCGCCAUGUUCCGCCGUGCCCGCCUCAAUGUGCGGCCCAAUGUGCGACCCGCGGGCAGGAGUGCCGGCAGCGCGGCCGACCCGAAGCCUCAGAGUUCGGACUCCCCUGUGGCUGCUACUACAGAGAGUGCGGCGGGAGAGGCUACUGAACCCCCGCCAGUCGCGCCGGAGGUUGACAGUGACAACAAGGCUGAUGGCGCAAAUGAUGCUGGCGAAGCUAGCAAACCUGCAGAGGUGCCUAUGCAGAGGAGAAAACGGAUCUCCACCAUGCCAAAUCUUGUCAAACCCCGAGCUGCACCUUCAUCUGCUCACCAGCCUGCAUCAAAGCCACAGAGAAGAGCAUCACAGGCUCCUGAAGGUAGUGCUUUGCUGCAGAAGGAGCCCUCUCCAUCAGAAAAGAGUCAUGCUGAAAGCCCUGUAAAGCCUCCCAUGCUGCCCGAGAAGAAAACACCUGUACCACAAGUGCCGCAGUUUUCCCCACUAAAAAAAUCAGUGAGCAAAGAGCAAACUGUAUGUGUAGCUGCCCAAAAGAAUGAUGAUUGCUUGCAGAAGAACGUAGCUUCCCCCCUCAAGGAGAGACCAACACAGGAAAGAUCAGGAGCACAGGAGGAAAAGCUGCCUACAAAACCUCCUGUAAAGGAGAAACGAACUUGUUCUGACCGUGAAAGGAUCCUCAAAGCUCGGAAGUUGAGAGAAAUGCUUAAAGAAGAGCUGAAGAAAGAAAGGAUGUUGAAACACAGGCCUCCAAUAAUUGAAGGACGUUCUCCACCAGAUCAUUCUAAAAUGACCAUGAGAGAUUUGAUAUACUACCUGCCAGAAAACAAUCCUAUGAAGUCUUCAUUGGCAGAAGAAAAGAGAACAGAAAGGAAUUCUGCACUGAGUCAAAUGAAAGAACAGGAAGAGAAAAGUACUCCUGAUUGUGAUGAUGAUAAUGAAAAGGAAGAAGGAGAGAAUGAGGAGAGUCAGGACGGUCCACUCCUUGUUCCUCGUGUGAAAGUAGCAGAAGAUGGUUCCAUUAUUCUGGAUGAAGAAAGCUUAACUGUGGAAGUUCUAAGAACAAAAGGCCCAUGUGUGGUCGAAGAAAAUGAUCCCAUUUUUGAGCGUGGCUCCACAACUACAUACUCCAGCUUCAGGAAAAGUUUUUACACAAAACCAUGGUCAAAUAAAGAAACAGAUAUGUUCUUUCUAGCUAUCAGUAUGGUAGGAACAGACUUCUCCCUGAUUGGAAGGCUGUUUCCUCAUAGAGCCAGAGCAGAAAUUAAGAACAAGUUCAAACGUGAGGAAAAAGCUAAUGGAUGGAGGAUAGACAAAGCUUUCAAAGAAAAGCGGCCCUUUGAUUUUGAAUUCUUUGCCCAGCUGCUUGAGAAAGUCUUAGCAGAUGAAGAAAAGAGAAAGCAGAAGACUGUUAAAAGCCAGAAGCCAAAGGAAAAGAAGCCAUCAAGGCCUCGGAAGAAGCCAAAAGUAGCAAAAAAUACCAACACAGAAGCUGCUAAUGAACAAGGUGAUCUUCAGGAAGACAGAAUUUCUGAUGCAGAAGCAGAUGCUGUGAUGGCUGAGAAGGAAAAUGAAGAAUCUUUGGGUAUUUCUGAAGAAGCAGAACAGACUGCAUUAGAGCCAGCAUUAACAAAAAAGAAGAAGAAGAGAAAGAGAAAAGAUGAUCUUGAAGAAGAAGUGGAGAAUCUUUUAGAAGAAACAUCUGUCCCUUCAAAAGCUGCAGAAGUGAAAUCCUCUAAGAAAAUAGCAGAAAAGAAGGUGCCAUGUGAUGCCAGCAAUGAUGGUCACACUGCAGGUGGAGAAGAGAUGAAUAGUGUUAUGGAAGGAAAUCAAGGUGAGACUGCUGUUACAAGGGAAGAGAGAUCAGAGUCCUGCUUACCAGCAGAUCACAGAAUGGAGACAGAAAACUCUGUCAAUUUAUGCAGCUUUGAAGAUGGCAGUGAUGUCAUGCUAGAAACAAAUUCUGCUGAACUGAGAACCCAAGAUGUUUCCUGUACCUUACAGGAAAGCGAGAUUUCAGAGUUAACAGUUGUAGAGACUAGAGGCAAAGAAAGACAAUCUGAAGAAACUAGUGAAACAAAGAAAAAAGAGGGGGAGGAAUCACCUAGACAGGAGGAAAGCCAGAGUGCAUCAGAAAGUGAUUCACAGUCUGAAAUCAUGAAAAAUAGAAAGAGAGGAAGGAGAGAGAAAGUUCAAGCACCUCAGUCCAGCUCAGAGAGAUCAGUUAGAAGGAGAAAUGCAGCACCCCAGGAGAAAAUGAAGGCUUUGGCUCCAGUCCCUGUGAAUGCAGAUGAGAAGUGUUUGGCAGAGGACAGCAGAAGAAACAAAGAUGAAGCCACUGCAGGAGAGACCAUGGAUUUGGAAAGUAAAUCUCAAGAAUCUGAAGAAGCUGUAGCUGCAAAGGCUGUAGGAAGAGGACGUCGGCAGAGAUUUAAGCCUCAUGUUACCAAAGCAUCUGUGAGGAGAGAAGAGCCUGGGAAAGGUGCAGAAGAGGACAAAGUGCCUCAUCCAUGGCCUAAGAGAAGAACCAGAAAGUACACUGACCCAAGCAAAAGCUCUGGUCCUAUCAGUGAAGGAGCUACCGGAAAAGAUGAUAAAGGCCUGGAGACAAUAUCUGAGUCUAAUGAAGCAGCUGGCUUACAAGAAGGCAGCAAACAGAGUGUGCUGAAACCAGCACCUCUCAAGAGAGGCAGAGGGAAGAGAUCUACACCAAAUCUACCACAAACUGUUGCAAGGCAGAAAGGCAAAAAAGGGAAGACUGCAGGUGUCCAAGUAGUAGAAGCUUUGAUACACCGAUGGGAUGACAAGAGUGAUCCAUUUCCCAUAACUGAUGUGAUGGCUCAUGAAGAUGCUCGGCCAUGCAGUAUGAUGUUAGAAGAGGGCGUUCCUUCAGAUUCUAAAAUGGACACAAAACUUACACAGCAGUCUCCCCAAGAAAAGUCUGCAGAAUCAAAAGACUAUGAAAGUGAAAAGGAGUCAUCAGAUGUCCUGGAAAAGGUUUCAGAAUUGGAAACAGGGGAACCUGAUCCUCAGAAGGGAGAGGAGAAAACUAGUUUGAAAUCAGCUUGGUUUCUGAGGACUCUGCUCCAGAAACCAGAGCCAAAUUUAAGAACAACAGCGACUAGAAAAGAAGAGCUUGAGAAGGCAGGAGAAGAUGAAGUCCUGCAGCCAACAGAAUCCUUGAAGACUAAGUCACUUGGCUCUAAGGUGUUUUCUGUGGGGCAAGGUUCUGAGUCCACAAAGACGUUUUCAAGAUCAGAGCAUGGUGAACUCAAGUCAUGUCCACCUGAACUUAACCAAGAUGACACCUCAACUACCAAUGCAGGCAAAAAUGCCACUGAAGAAGAAAGAAAAGAAACACCUCUUCGGCCUGCCCAAGUGGUGCAAAGCAGAUUCCAGAGGUACAAGCUAAACUUGGAAGGAACUGUUGGAAGGAGAGAAUCACAGAUACCAGGAAAGGAGAGGGAGAAAGAGCUUGAACCUGAGCAGCCAGUGUUGCAAAAAAAUGAGUCUACCAAUACUGUCAUUACCGAAAGUGAAGUUGCACUACCAGAUCUACUGAACAAAGAAAAACAGCUAGAGCAAGAGAUGCCUCAUGUGCCCUCUGUUUCUGGAAGUAAACUGUGUGAGCAAAGCAGUGCUGAAAAAUCUGCUUCCCAAAAAGGCAAGCUGGGUGCUCUGAAACCAGGACAAUUCAGAAGGCAUAAAUCUGUGAGAACUAGACCAGAUCAGGAAAGAGAACAUAGUAAAGAAUCUCCAGUAGCACAAAAGCUUGCUGGUCCAAUUGAGGAAAAAGCAAACAAAGAAGAGAAUCCACCUGUGGCAGAAGGAUCUGAGGAACCUCUUUCAUCAAAAGGGGAAUCUCCUGAGGACAACACUCUGGAUGUAACUCCAGAAAGUAUGAAGUCAGAAGCACUCUCUUCCCCUGAAAAAUCAUUUGACUGCCACAGCAAGGGAGAACAAGGAACACAUCUACCUACAGAUGAUGUAAGAAGCAUUGAGGAUACCAUGGAAAGUGAUAAAUUAAGUUUUGGAGAAGAAAGUAAAGAAAGAGAUACACAACCUAUGCAUCAAGAGAAGAAACCCAACUUGGAGUCCAGGCCAAACCUAAUGGGAGUUACUGGAAGAGAAGAUGAUCCUAAAGAAGGUGAAAACAGAGGAGAAGACACUGCUGAGAACACAGAUGCAGCAAAAUGUUUGAUGUUAGAAGAACCAGGUGUAUCAUCCCAAAGCUCUACUGAGAGAGUGGAAGCUGCAUCCUUCUCAAAGGCUACAAGAAAACGCAAUUUCAUGGAACCUGUGAAAACACCUUUUAAAAGAUUCAGGCAGAAUACUGUCCAGAGUUCAGAGAUAUCAUCAGAGAGUGACAGCGAUGAAGAAUAUUAUUCUUGUCAGCAGAGAGUGAAGGUGCAGCAGUGGAAGCGGCUCAGAAGACCAACAAAAGGGAAUGCAUUGCCAAAACUUUUCUUAGAGCAAGUCCCUGGUACUUCCUCUGAAUGUGAGACUGAUUCCAGUGAGGAGGAAAAUCAAACCCAGGAUUCUACACCAUGUUCUAGUAGAGGCAAUAAAUUCAGCAUUGCAUAUAGAAAGAAAUUUCGGAGUAAGCUCUUCCAGGCUUCUCAAGAGAAGGAGGAGGAAGAGAAGAAAGAAAAGGAGAAAGAUGACACUGAGCCUAAUGAAAGUGAAUACUUUACACUAGAGGAAGCAAACAAAGUUCCAGCGUUUCUUCCUAAAGGGCUUCCAAAACCUGUUCCUGUUCAGACAGAUGAAACCAUGGAGGAGAUGAGCAGACCAGGUGUGCAGGUGGCUGCUGAUGCUGAAACUCCCAAGCCAGAGAUACAGAAGGAGCGCAAAGAAAGCACCUCAGCAGCAGAAACAACUGCACAUGAAGAUCCAGAGGUGGACAAAGGCACUUCUUCCAAGGAGCUGCUUCCUUCUGGGUAUGAAAGCAUGAUUAAUGCAGAGAAUCAAAGCACUGGCACAGGGACAGAUGUCAAAGAGUAUUUUGAGGAAAGUGCUGUAGGAACCAGAAGAGGAGGAGAGAUGCAAGGCAGAAAUUCAGGAGAGUUGACAGCUGAAGCUACAUCACUAAAACCUGAAGGAUCUUGCCUUGGAGCAGAGGAUUCUCAAAAUAAAAGUUCUGUGGCUGAAAUUUCUGAGCAAAGUCCUUGUCGUGCUGAGGCCAGUGUAAGCAACGUCAGCUCACAGCAGGUUGGAGCUCAUGCUCAACAGAGAUGUGUAAGCAGCAUGGAAGCAACUUCAGUAGGAAAGGAUGAUCAUAAAUGUCUGGAGGAGGAACAGUCAUUCAUCUUAACACUAGUGGGUAUCUCAAAUUACUCAAAAGGCUUGGAUGCAUCUCCUUUGUUGGAAGACAUUCCAGAAGAAUAUCUACCAGCCCCAAUAAUUAUCAAGCCAAUAAAAACAAGGGAAUCAGUAGCAACUGAAGUGAAGAGCAGCGGAUCCUUGGCAACUGAUGAUGAUGAAUUUGCUGAACCGUCGCGCAGCUAUGCGGAAGCCAAACUGGAGAGUACACCAUCAGAGGCCUUUCUAGAUUUGCAGGCAAUUCAGAAAAGGUCAUCUUCCUAUGAAGACAUUGAUUCUCCUCCUGCCAAAAGGACUCUGUCUGGUGCUGGAGCAGAAGGUAACUUGGAUACCAUUUAUAAGGGCUAUUCGUCAAAAUCUGAUGAUUCUCCAGACGAAACUUGUGCAAGUCCUUUUCAAGAUACUGAUGAUUUAUCAAAGGAAAAUCUGCUGAGCUCUCUGUUGCUGUUUGACUCUACGGCACUACUGCCUGGAAAAAAACAUGAUGAGACUUCGGAGACAUUGAAAACAGCAUCACGUGAGAAUGAAGCAUCCAAACAGGAAAAGGAAGUGAUGAUGUCUGGAUUAACCUCUAAGAGCAAAGAAGAAAUAAGUGGACAAGGAAAGCAGGAGCAUGUGCAUGAGUUUGCACUGUUGGAACCUACUGUGAGCCUACCUUCAGAAUCUCAAUUACUCAGCAGUGACCAAAAAUCAUUGGAAUUUUUACCUUCAACUUGCAAAAAAAGUAGUUCUGAAUCCACAGAAGAUAUCAAAGGGAAAACAGAGAAGACCCAAAGCUCUCAGAUUGUCUCUCCAAAGGAAAGUCCAAAAGAUCCCACUCAAUCCACUCAGGAUAAGGAAUCGUGUUCCAUUUCUUCUACAAUGGCAUCAUUGUCUAUGGAGGAUGAGAAGGUUGGUGCUGAAACUGCAGAUAUGGUUCCAACAAACAAGCCACAGGAGAUGCCACCCUUUUGUGAGGAAGAUGAAGAGAAGGAAGAGGAGGCGAUCAAAAUCUCGGAGUACUUUUUCAGCGAUAUCUUUAUGGAAGUGGAUGAUUCAGACUAGACUCUAAUGCAACAAGAAAAGAGUAUUCUUUAGAAGUUAUUGUGUUUAUUGUGCCACACUUGCUGUCAGCUGAGCUGUUGUUAAUUAAUCUCAUAAAGAUUCCUUUUUUAAAUCAACCUGGAUACUUCCAAAAUGUUGACCUAACCUACACCACUACACUGAUGUCACUGACCCAGGCUAGAGGCUGCUGAUGUAUCAUGUGUUUAGACACUGGUAAUAAGGCUGCAUGACUCUUUCCCAGAAAAACACAAUGAAGAAAAUGCUUUAUCUUGUGACAAGUAUCCCUUGAAAUUGCAAUGCUAACACUUGUACUGGCUGUACAAGUUCUUCUUUUUUUUUGUAUGAAAUGUGUUCUGUUAGUAUGUUAGAAGGAAGAAUUCAUCUUUAUAGACAGUGUAAUCUCUGUAGAUCAGGAUGCAAAUCAUGAAAGUAGUGUAGUAAAUGCAUAGAUAGGUUCAGUACUGCAGGUGUUUUAUUACUAUCUCCAAAUUGCAUUUUGUUAAGAGUUUUUACUUAUGUAAGAUCUUGCUCUGAAAAGCCAAAUGGAUUUAUCUCUUAAAAAACAUAGUAAGAACACCACAAAAAAACACCAGAAUUUACUAAAACAGUGUUAAUCUUUCCAACUGUUCUAUUGGAGUGGGAUUAACUGGUUAAUGUUUUCAUAGUAUAAAUGCUCUUUUCUUUUAAAAAUUAAGACACAGAUAACAAUCUAUUUUCCUUUGUUUCAGGUAUAGGUAUUUUAUCACUGACUCCCUACCUUUUCCUUUUCAGCAGUACAAUGAAAUUGAAUGUAAGCCAGAACUGUACGAUGUGGUUGUUAAGGACUUGCAGCUUAGAAACAGUUAAGUUUUAAUAGUUUUCCUCAAGUUCCAUGUCUCCUAUAAAAUGGUGUAUCUGUAGAUUACACUGAUCUUUCACCUGCCUGAUCAAGAAGCUUGUCUUGAUGAGGUGACAAGGUUCAUGCAGUCAUGGAGUCAAGCAGUCAGUGAAAGAUUUAAUACUUAAACUAGGCUAUUUUUUUUUCUACUCUUAAUGCUAUUGCAAUAAUUCAGUUAAGUGCAAGACUUUUGCAAAACAAAUUAUUAUGAAAGCUUAAGUGAUGUUGGUUUAUAGUCUGAAGUAACCCAUCUUCAGCUUUGGACUGGAUAAUAAUUUCCUAGCAACAUUUUCCUGGAAGUAUCUGGUGAAUAUUGAAAUAACUGAUGAAGUUUGAGAAUAUUUGCAUUUUCAGAAGUUCUUGACAAGGCUUCUGAAAGAACCUUUGACCUUUUUUUGUCAUGAAGAGGAGUUACUGUAAACUGAUGCCUUUAGCAGGCCUUUUGUCAAUCAGAUGUGGUUUGCAGCUCUUCUUGAGCUGGAGAAGGUAGUAACAGUCCUAGCACCUUCAGCCACCCCUCAGCCUCCCAAAUGCCAACAACAGCUUCUGCUCACAGUAUUUGUGCUUUGCCUAAUUCACAUAACUUGAAAUGUUUAUCUAAACACUGUCUUACUGUAAACAUUAAGAAAUAAAUUCAUCUAUAUAUGAAGCUCCAUGUAUUGUAUAUCUUGUAGAUACUAUUUCCUGUGUGCAAGUGUUCUGUUCCUCAUAUGCAUGGUGUAUUUAAAUCACUUGCACUGGUAGAAGCUAAAAAUACAUUUAUCUGGAGUGGCUGUGAAAUAAUUGCCCUAAGAACUUUGAGAUUAUAACCAUUCUACAUUUAGUUGCCUAUGUUUUCUUUGGAUUGCAUCCUCAUGACAAGAAGGGGGGAAAAAAAAAACCCAAAUAAUUUCAUUACUAAGAUUUAAGGUGCCUUAUCUGCCUUAUUAAUUGGGGUUAGACACAUUUUUUCCCCUACACUAAAUCACACUCGUCAGAGGUUUGAUUCUUAAAGUGCAUAGAGAUAAGACAACUCUGUUUUGUGCAUGGGCAUUUCAUAAUGAUGAAGGCUUUAAGAAGACACAAUGGGAGAAAUCUCACAGCCUUCACUUCAGUGAAGUCAUGGCACAACACUGCUUUGCUUUCAGUUGUUUGACACCGUAUUAUCUUCACUUGUAAGCUUUCUAUCCCAGAAGUAGUUAUUCUUUGUGCUUAAGUUUCACUAAUAAACUAUUUUUUGUUGCA